AUGAUGAAAAAUAUUAAUGUUAAGGUAGUUUUUCUGUACGAGGAUUUUUUGACGCCAAGAAUUAAUUCGAAUUAACAAGAGUGAAUAGUACUAGAACAUUUACUCACUUGGAUUUUCGAGCACAAAAAUUCACAACCCAUUUUUUGCAGGUAAUAAUCAUCAGUGUAGCUGGAGCAUAUCGGAAAGGCAAAAGUUUUCUGCUCAACUUUUUCCUAGAAUAUUUGUACAGUUUGAAUAAGGCGCAAUCGGUGAGUUCCCUCCAACUUUAUAAAACAUAUUCAUCAUCAAUCUUUUCUUCAGAAAGACGCUGAUUUGGAAUGGUUAACAGAUGAUUGUCAAUUACACGGAUUUCACUGGCGAGCCGGUGUGAAACGAGAUACAAUAGGAAUUUGGCUGUGGGGAGAGCCGAUUAUGAUUCAAUCGAUAACCGGGGAAAUGUUUGCGGUGCUAUUAAUGGAUACUCAAGGAACUUUUGAUAAUAAUACGACUUAUCAACAAUGUAUGACUGUUUUUGCAUUAUCUACUAUUAUUUCGAGGUAAAAAUAGUUCAAAAAACCCUUGCCAGGCAUAAAUCUCUAGUCCAAGGGUCGUAACUAAAUUCACGACCACCCAGCCCUAUUUUCAAUUCACCUAAUUUUUCUAGUGUUCAAAUCUACAACGUCGUCGACAACAUCCAAGAAGAUGCUCUACAACAUCUCUCACUAUUCGUUGAAUACGGUCGAAUGGUCAUGGAGCAACCCCACGAUUUCGGAAAACCUUUUCAGAAUCUGGUUUUUUGUGUGCGCGACUUCAAAAAUGCGGAAGAAUAUGAUUUCGGUGAAGGCGGCGAUUUCCUUGAGAACGUUCUACAAGUUAAUGAGACACAACCUGAUGAAAUUCGACAGGUUCGAGAACUCCUUCAUGAAUAUUUUGAGGAUAUUCAGUGCUACCUUCUACCCCACCCCGGAUAUAAAGUUGCAGAGCGACAAAGUUUUCGGGGGCACGUGAAGGACCUUCGACCGAUUUUUAGAGAAGAACUCAAAAAAAUGGUGCCAAACCUGAUAGCUCCACACAAUAUGAAGGCAAAAAUGGUGAAUGGGAAGGCGGUGACAUGUCGAAAAUUGGUGCAAUACUUCAAGGAGUACGCCAAUUCAUUCGAUGGCGAAAGUUUGCCAGAACCGCAGAGUAUUCUGAACGCGAAUGCGAAAUUGAUUUGUAUUGAAGCGGCGCAUGAGGCGAAAGUGAACUAUUGUCGGGGGAUGGAUCGAUCGACUUAUGGGACGAGAAUGAUGCCGGAGAAAAAGUUGUUGGAGGCACAUAUUAAGCAUGGUAUUACGGCGUUGAAUAUUUAUGAUAAGUGUCCAAAGAUUGGGUCGAAAGAGGUUCGAAGUUUGUUGUUGGAGAAAUUACAGGAGGAUAUUAAUGUGAGUUUUCAUAGAAAAGACAGGGCACCACCAAUUCUUAUCGAAAAAAUGUGUGCAUAAAACGUUGGCGGAGCCUAUUUUGCUAAAAAGCCAUCUAGCAACACAAUGAAACUUAUAAAUCACACAACAAACGUGCCUGACCUGCACAGGCGUAAGAAAAACCGUGCCAGGCUUGCAAAAAAUGAGCUGACCUCAUCAAAAAAUCCCUCUAUUUCUCAAUUUCCAGGCCGAACUCGAGCGCUACAAACGUCUCAACGAAGCGAAACGUGUAACAGGCUGUGCUUCCGCAAUGCUUGCCUGCGGCGAUUCCGUUUUCCUUGGCAUCGGUUUGGGAACGGCGGCAAGCGGUGCAGUUGCAGGAGCAAUUGUUUCCUUGAGUUGGGCUAGUGUUAGUUUGGGUAAGUCGAUUUAUUUCCUGAUUGUAAAGAACUCACGAAUUGUUUUUGCAGGCGUCGUCGCAAUCCCGUUUUCACUCACCACAAUAUUCAUAAUUUGGGCAUACGUGUAUUCGAAGCCUUGUUUCAAAAAACUGGGUAAAAAAGAUAAAUCUUGA